AUGACGCUCUCCGCUCCGGACGCGGCACCGCUGUCGGUGCUUUGGCCCGGCGCGCUUGGCCGGCCGAGGGCCAAUUACCGGGUGUCGCAGGCGUCCCAUGCCACGUCUCGGCGGAUAUUGUUGUCGAUACUACUUCUCUUGCUUAUUCAGGGAACGUCGGCGCAGCUGGAUCCGGUCAAGAACUUCUGCAGGCGGUUUGGCCACCAGACAGCUCUGAUUGACAGGAAGUUGUAUGUCGAUGGGGGGUUUAUCAAUUACAACCCUUUGUCGCAGUACCCGGCCAACUAUUCCAACACCGGACUCCAGUACCAUGACCUCGACACCCCCGGUGCCGGGCGCAUGCCCCAGCUCUACGCCAACCUCACCAAGAACUCCAGCAUCCCCAGCGUCAGCGGUGGCACGCUCUGGGCGGACAACAUCAACAAGCGAUUCUACCUGUUCGGCGGCGAGUACUACCAACAGCCGCCCUCGCCCCAGUUCACCCUCUGGUCCUAUGACACCCUCUACAACAGAUGGGACGCCGUCGGGCAGCCCGCGCAGGAUGAUAUCGCUGCCGUUUCGUGGGGCGCAGGUGUCUCCAUCUCGGAGACGGGCGAGGGGUACUACUACGGCGGGUGGAAGUCGAACAACACGGUGCCGGGCUGGGCCGGCCCGCCGGUUGCCGUGUCCAGGCUCGUCAAGUACAGCAUGGACACCGACACGUGGUCGACCGACGUGGGUCCCGACUCGACCGGGCGGGCGGAGGGGGCCAUGGUGUUCAUCCCGGUCGGGGACGGCGGCAUGUUGGUGUACUUCGGCGGCGUGCAGGAUCCCCACGGAAACGGCACCUGGAUCGGGCAGCCGAUGGAGACCAUCUUUCUGUAUGACGUCCUCAGCUCCAAGUGGUAUUCCCAGAACGCCACGGGAACGGUUCCCCCGAUGCGGAGGCGGUUUUGCGCCGGCGCGACUUGGGCGCCUGACCAGUCGAGUUAUAACGUCUAUCUCUACGGCGGGGCGGGCAUCUCCGCCGACAUCCCGGGCUUCGACGACGUGUACGCCCUCACGAUCCCAUCCUUCCAGUGGGUGAAGAUGUACCCAACCGACGGCAACCUGACCGGCGAGUAUCCGCACCACUCGCUCACCUGCAACAUCGUCGACAAAGCCCAGAUGGUCAUCAUCGGGGGCACAUUCCCAACCAGCGACAUGUGCGACGUUCCCGAGCAAUACGGCUUCCACAACGCCGACCUCGGCGAGCAGAACCGCGAGAAAGCGCUCUGGCAGAUCUACGUCACCAAUCUCACGGAGUACGCCGUCCCGGACCCCAUCGUGAGCGCCAUCGGCGGCUCGGCAGGGGGCGGCGCGACCAAGACGGCGCCACCCGCCGGCUUCGCCAGCCCCGACCUGCGCGUCCUGAUGACGCGCAAGGCCAGCAUUCCCACCCGCACGGCAACCCGCUCCAUCACCACAGCAACAGGCUCCCCGGGGCAGGGGCAGGAGAACAACAACAACAACAAGCCCCUGUCGACCGGCGCGAUAGCGGGCAUCGCCGUUGGCAGCGCCGCGGCCGCCCUGGCGCUCGGCAUCGCGCUCUUCUUCAUCAUCCGCCGCCUCCGC